CGACAGGUAACAAAUAGGUGGGUUGUCACCGUUAUUUCCCAACGCAUGCGCCAUCGCUCGCCGGGUCACUCCAAGCUAAUUAGAUCAGAUCACCCCCCCUCCCGCCCCAGCCACCAACACACACCGCCGCGAGCCAAUAAAGCGUGAACCCGUCCGUCCGGCUCGCACUUUAAGACUUCGCGAGCGGCCGCGGGGACGCCAGUCGAGCCGAGGGACGCUUCCCCGCCGCUUCCCCGCCGCCCGGUGCACCUGGCUGCAAACGAGGAGCUGGAACGCGAGCGCGCCGUCCCAGCACCGUCGUUCCGCUGAACGUGGCGGGAGGGAGAGCCUCGGCGACUUCUUCUUCGAACUGUGUGGCUCCUUGCUAGUGUCUCCAGCCCAGCCGGAAAAAGGGGCGACAACUUCGGCUGUAGUUACCGAAGAGGACCGCGCCGGGCCAAGAGAGUUCGAAAAUGCCCCGCGCGUUCCUGGUGAAGAAGCCGUGCGUCUCCACGUGCAAGAGGAACUGGAGCGAACUCCCGGACGAGGAGCGCGGCGAGAUCUACGUGCCAGUCAGCCUGGGGUUCUGCCCUCCACAGCCAUACCGGGACCCGGAGCCAUCUGUGGCCGAACCUCCUUCCUGCUCCCUGGCUCUGGACAUGAGCCUUCGGGACUCCAGCUAUGGUGUAGCCUCAGGAACCUGCGUGGUGGCUCAGCUGCCCUCUGAAGACAUGGGCCGCCUGACAGAUGCUCAGAGCAGAGACCAGGGUUUCCUGCGCACCAAGAUGAAGGUGACCGCAGGGGACAGUCCUAGUGGAGACCUCUUCACCUGCCACAUCUGUCAGAAGGCCUUCACAUACCAGCGCAUGCUCAAUCGCCACAUGAAGUGUCACAACGACGUCAAGAGGCACCUCUGCACAUACUGUGGGAAGGGCUUCAAUGACACUUUUGACCUCAAAAGACAUGUCCGGACCCACACAGGCGUGCGGCCCUACAAGUGUAGCCUGUGUGACAAGGCCUUUACCCAGCGCUGCUCCCUGGAGUCUCACCUCAAGAAGAUCCAUGGUGUGCAGCAGAAAUAUGCCUACAAGGAGCGCCGGGCCAAGCUGUACGUGUGCGAGGAGUGCGGCUGCACAUCUGAGAGCCAGGAGGGCCACGUUCUGCAUCUGAAAGAACACCACCCCGACAGCCCACUGCUGCGCAAGACCUCCAAGAAGGGGCAGAGGCUGCUCUGGGCACAGGAAGACAUGCAUGGGCCUGGACAGGGGCAUGGCCAAGUGACUGGAAGCAGCCACCUGCAUCAACAGGUUCUCCUGGCAGCAGCGCUUCUGGGGGAUGCAGCAAGAGGGGACCCUGUCGCCCUUGCCCCUGAGCACAGGAAAGGGGCUUUGGUACUCCAGGGACAACAGAGUCAAGAGCACUGGCAGAGAACACUCCUGCAAACAACCACUGUGGGGAGCUGGCAGUGCCCCCACCUCCAGGCACACACAUGGGCACAGCUGUGUACGUGCAGGUGCACACCCAUGGCUGUGUAGCACUGCUCAGUGUGUGCUAGCACAUGUGUGCAGCAGGCGUGUGCAUGGCUGCACACAGGAGGCUUUUCCACAUAUCAUCACCUCAUUUAUGAGAAAUCAACCAUAAGGUGCCAAGGAGACUUCGUUUCCUUUUUUUUUUUUUUUAAGAUGACAAAUGUACAGAUAUUAAUAUAUAUUGUGGAGCCCAUAACUACUGUUUUUAAGAGAGGGAUGGAGCUGGCUUUUCUCCACUCCCAUGUGGUUCUAUUUAUCCUGGACAUUUCAAACCUUUUCUGUGCCUUAGUCUGGGGAUGACUGCCUGACCCACCCUCGUUCUUGGAGCUGUUUAACGGAACAAAGAUCUUCCUUGAGGCCCACUCUGAGGGUGGCUUGCUCCUUUUGUCCCUCCUCUUCUGCUGGACAGCGCCUCAAUGCUGCUACCCUUCCCUUCCUCUGUUUCUUGGCAAGCCCGGCUUUCCUGGAGAGCCUGUGCACUCCCAGGAGGCUGCAGAGGUCAAACAGGUGCGAUGCCAGGCCUCUGGCGCUCAGUCCACUACCCAAACUACCAAGGCAAGCACGGAGCCAGGCUGAACACCGGCCCUUUGCCUGUGUUAGUCAGAAACCUAGCACAGCAGCAAAGCACUGAGAUAGAAUCAUAAUACAUCAGAAACUUCCAGAGCGAGGAGAUCAUUUGAUAUAGUUAGCACAUUUUCUUUCUAGCCUUAUUUUUUUCUGUUUUCACAGUGGCCAGGCCAAGGAUUUGCCUGCCUGUGGAGAAAGGCAUCGCCAGGCUGUUUGACUCUCUGAGGGAGCGGGCAGGCUCCCUCGUGUGGCUGGAUUCUGGAGAUAACAGUAAGGGGACUGGGUGGGAUGGCAGGUUAUGACUUGUGAGUCAGAGGAGAUCUAGUCCUCCUGGGGGAAGGCAAGACUCAAAACAGCUGUGGACUGCCACAGACCAGGCAGCCCCUGGAAGCCAAACCCCACCAGAACCAGCCUGGCCUCCCUGCCCGGAUGCCAGGUCCACGCCCACUGGAAAGGAGGAAAUCUUCUGGGACUGCCUCCAAACUGUGUGUAGACUAACUCUGAGGACUUAUUUCAUUUUAUUUUCAUGUUCCACAAGUGCUAGAGUGUUAUCCGGAGGCUCUGUUUAUGUUUACAUCCCUGGAUCCCUGGGUUCACUGCCGAUACGAGGCAGUCUUGAAGCUCUGUGUUAUGUCUUAUUUUAUAGCCUUCCAUCUAAUAAAACCAGAGAACUAAC